AUGUCGACACCUGAAAGGAAAGAACGCUCCAAUUCGAAGUCCACAAAAAGGGAUAAUCACGUCUUUUAUGUCGCAAUUGCUUAUGUCACGGUAUUCCAGGCCCUCAUGGACAUUUAUUGUCGAAUUGAGAAAAAGACAUUAACAUUUUAUUUCAAGUGCGGAAGAUUAGGAGUUAAAAAACCACUUGUCCAACUCCAGAAUGCCAAUCCAAAAACACGCAAUUUCUUCAAUCCUGGAUUGUGGGUAGGGGUACGAGAACCAAAAUUAAUGAUUCCUGGAGAUGAGUCAAGUCUUACGACUAUACCUCAUUUAAAAGAUUCGGAUUUAGGUUGCCUUCAGUGGGAGCCUAUAGAUAAAUGUUUGAUACUGGUGAAUGUAGUGGAGUAUUUCCGAUUAAAUGAUAGUCCAAUAUGGUAUCACAGAGGGUUCACAGGUUCUUCGGGUUCAAGUGAGAUUUGGGAAGAUUUCCCAUUAAGUGCUCAUGAGUUGCAGUCGAGUGAGAUUCGGGAAGAUUUCCCAUUAAGUGCUCAUGAGUUGCAGUCGAGUGAGAUUCGGGAAGAUUUCCCAUUAAGUGCUCAUGAGUUGCAGUCGAGUGAGAUUCGGGAAGAUUUCCCAUUAAGUGCUCAUGAGUUGCAGUCGAGUGAGAUUCGGGAAGAUUUCCCAUUAAGUGCUCAUGAGUUGCAGUCGAGUGAGAUUCGGGAAGAUUUCCCAUUAAGUGCUCAUGAGUUUCAGUCCAGUAGAACCCAACAGGAACGUGUGUCACAUGAUGGUGGUCCAGUUUUUCCAGAUUUUCGCUACCGGAAUCACUAUGUAGCUCCACCGAUCCCAAGUCAACAAUCGUUACAGCAGAGGAACGAUGAAAGGUGGGCGGAGAUGUCCGCGCUAAUUAAUAAUUUAGCAGACAGGGUGACCCAGUUCGAAGACUCACAUAACGUGUUUAUCUUGUGUUUGUGGGGUUUGCCGAUGGUGGAUCCGAGUGCGGAAGUGGGAUGGAUUAUGUCCCAAUUAUUGAGGAUUCGUUCCGAAGAGAGGAUGACUAUACUCUCUCAUUUGCCGGAACCAAGAAAGGGUGUCCGAAUUCAAUUCGGUUCUCGAGAGGCGAGAGAUUAUGUCGUCCGAUGUCGCGAGUUGCUUCUAGGACAUAACAUUCAAAUUGCCAAGUUAUAA